AUGGCUUCACUCUCCGUUUCGCGCCACAGCCAUCUCUUAUCGGGCUCCAUUCCGGCCCGCUCCAAGCCCAUAUCGGGACCCACCAGGGUCCGAAUGUCCCUCCGCGAAAACGGGCCCUCCAUCGCCGUCGUGGGCGUCACCGGCGCCGUCGGCCAGGAGUUCCUAUCUGUCCUCUCCGACCGCGACUUCCCCUACCGCUCCAUCAAAAUGCUGGCCUCGCAGCGCUCCGCCGGCCGCCGCAUCACCUUCGAGGACAGGGGCUACGUCGUGGAGGAGCUCACGGCGGACAGCUUCAAUGACGUUGACAUCGCGCUCUUCAGCGCCGGCGGCUCCAUCAGCAAGAAGUUUGGCCCCGUCGCGGUGGAUUGCGGGACGGUGGUGGUGGACAAUAGCUCCGCGUUUCGAAUGGACGAGAAGGUGCCGCUGGUGAUUCCUGAAGUGAACCCCGAGGCGAUGCAACAUAUCAAAGCCGGAAGUGGCAAAGGCGCUCUCAUUGCGAACCCUAAUUGCUCCACCAUUAUUUGUUUGAUGGCCGCUACCCCUCUUCAUCGACAAGCUAAGGUGUUACGAAUGGUUGUCAGUACCUAUCAGGCUGCGAGUGGUGCUGGUGCUGCUGCAAUGGAAGAGCUCGAGCUGCAAACUCGUGAGGUGUUGGAAGGAAAACCACCCACUUGUAAAAUAUUUAAUCGACAGUAUGCUUUUAAUCUAUUCUCGCAUAAUGCAUCUGUUCUUUCAAAUGGAUACAAUGAAGAAGAAAUGAAAAUGGUCAAGGAGACGAGGAAAAUCUGGAAUGACAAGGACAUUAAAGUAACUGCCACAUGCAUACGAGUUCCUGUCAUGCGGGCUCAUGCUGAGAGUGUUAAUCUUCAAUUUGAAAAACCACUUAAUGAGGACACUGCAAGAGAUAUUCUGAAGAAUGCUCCAGGUGUAGUGGUUAUUGAUGAUCGUGAGUCCAAUCAUUUUCCUACUCCAUUGGAAGUGUCGAAUAAGGAUGAUGUUGCUGUUGGUAGGAUUCGCCAGGACCUGUCUCAGGAUGGGAAUCAAGGAUUGGACAUCUUUGUAUGUGGGGAUCAAAUUCGCAAGGGAGCUGCACUUAACGCUAUCCAGAUUGCUGAGAUGUUGCUAUGA